UGGCGCUCGGCUCUACUGUCUGCAGUCUCUAGUCAUCUCCUGUACUAUGUCUGCAGUCUCUGGUCAUCUUCUGUACUAUGUCCGCAGUCUCUGGUCAUCUCCUGUACUAUGUCUGCAGUCUCUGGUCAUCUCCUGUACUAUGUCCACAGUCUCUGGUCAUCAUCUCCUGUAGUAUGUCUGCAGUCUCUGGUCAUCUCAUGUAGUAUGUCCGCAGUCUCUGGUCAUCUCAUCUCCUGUAGUAUGUCUGCAGUCUCUGGUCAUCUCCUGUAGUAUGUCCACAGUCUCUGGUCAUCUCCUGUAGUUUGUCCACAGUCUCUGGUCACCUCAUCUCCUGUAGUAUGUCUGCAGUCUCUGGUCAUCUCCUGUAGUAUGUCCACAGUCUCUGGUCAUCUCCUGUAGUAUGUCCACAGUCUCUGGUCAUCUCAUCUCCUGUAGUAUGUCUGCAGUCUCUGGUCAUCUCCUGUAGUAUGUCCACAGUCUCUGGUCAUCUCCUGUACUAUGUCCACAGUCUCUGGUCAUCUCCUGUACUAUGUCCGCAGUCUCUGGUCAUCUCCUG